AUGAACAUGCCUCCUUACAUCCACAACUGCGACGAGGCACAAGGUCCAUGGACCGUCAGCAAACGAUGUUCUCUCUGCGUCCCAGCCCGCAAAGACGCAGGCAAGAAGCCCGGCAAGUCCGCCGCCUUCACCCACCGCCUCCGCCGCGCUACUAACAAGCUCAAAUGCCUCAAGCCAUCGCCUUCACACGCCGUCUGCUCUGAGUGCGGCAAUGAGGGCCGCGCGACGGUGAUGUUGACUGAGCCAGACUGGAGCCCAGAGCCAGAGGCAAAGUCAGAGUUAUCCAGUGCUGCUACUAACCACCAACGAGCAGGUGACGCCAUAGGCCCAAUGAACGAGACCUCAGCCGACUUCGUCUUCAAACCGAGGUUUUCAGAGUACGACCCGUGCUGGGAAGAGGAACCGACUGGAGUAGACGACUGGCUCUGGGCCAGUGGUCCCGGAGAGAGCUACAACACCAGAUUCCCUCCACCCUCGCUCGCAAAGAUACUGUUCACCAUGUUCUGCUGCCCCUGCGUCGUCAGAAUGGUUGCGCCGAAGCCCAUGACAGAAUCAGAGCGCCUGAAGAGGGACGAGGAGACUUGGGACAGGAUCCAGCGGGCCAGACGCCGCUCUCGCCCUUGGAUUCGAAGGCGCGAUUGGAAUGUUCUCCAGGCCAUUGAGGAGCAGCAGCAGCGUGCAGAAGACGAAGUCGGUGUAGCCAGUGGUCUCGAUACUAUCGUAGAAGAGAAAAUGCCGGCAGACACUGUCGAAUCAACCCAACCGGGAGCUAUUUCGGAGAGUUCGACUGCACAGUAG